UCAUGGGAUGGGCUUUUAUCGCCGUUGGUGUUUGUGGUGAGUCUCCCUCUGGAGCGGACAUCUGCAACCCAAACACGGACCAAAGGGAAGAAAGAAAGAAAAAAAAAAUGCACCUGUCAUUUAUUAAAAGUCGGUUUGAAACUUCGCACAGAUAACCAAAGUUUCCUGUCGAGGAGGAGCAGGAGGUAGUUUCGGGUGACUGGAGGAAGCGCCAGAGGAAUGCUCAGGAAAGAAACCUCCCGGUCAUACCAAGAGUCGCAGUUCAGUGAUGACGAUGACGAAGGCGACGCACGACCUCGAGUCUAUUAUGAAGACGAUGCCAAUGAGCACGUGGAGGGCGAGGAGCCGGACUACAGCACCUCGCAAGAGGACGACAUCAGAGAAAGCAGUCCAUCGAUGAGAUUCAACAAAGCCUGCCUGAAGAACGUCUUCACCGUCGUCCUCAUCUUCAUCUACCUGCUGCUGACGGCCGUGGCCAUCUUCCUGGCCUACCAGACCAUCUCUGAUUUCAUGGAGAAGCUCAACAACCCUGUGAUGUCCGUCACCUACAAAGAGGUCGACAGGUUUUCCCCCCCAGGUAUCGCUCUGUUUCCUGGCAACGCCCAGCUGUUGAGCUGCAGACAUCACUACCACGACUACAUCCCGCCUUUAGUGGACCCCGGCAAACCUCAGAUCGGAGACUGCUGGUUUGAAGAAGUGACUUACUUUGGACCGUUUACCAAUGAAUCUGAGAAAAAAGCUCUGGUGGUCCGCGGCCCGUCUGAUGUCAGGAACAAAGAGCUGAUCUUCAUGCAGUUCAGUCAAAAUCAAACGGAGGAGGACUUCAGCGCCAUCACUUACAUGCUUUUUGCCAAGUAUAAUGACUUUGCUAAAAGUGCAAAUAGGUCCAAGUUUAUGAGGGACUGUGAGAGGAAUUACUCCAUGUGGACCUUCUCCGGAGGAUUCAGAACCUGGGUCAAGAUGUCUUUGGUGAAGACGUCGGGGAACAGAAGUGAAUCUGUCGAGUUUCGGCAAGAGUCCACUGUGGUGACAUUCAAUGACAAAAGGCCGGAUGCAGAGAAAACCAAUCAGCUCUUCUUUGCUGUCUUUGAAUGGCGCGAUCCUUUUAUACAAGAAAUCCGGCUGCUUGUGACCGCAAAUCCCUGGAGCUCGGUGGCGAUCCUCUGUGGCGUCUUCAUGGCUCUCUUCAAGGCUGCUAAUUUUGCCAAACUCACUAUUCAGUGGAUCAUCAGGAUGCGAAAGAGGCACCUGAGGAACAAACAACGGGAACUGAAUCCGAUUACUGACAACUAAUGUGAUGACACAGUUUAUCCAAGUGAUUAAUCUGCACUUGUAUUUUUUACAUGAUUGCGUUUUACGAGGUCACCACUCGCACAUUUUGUAAUCACUGUUGAGGAUUGUCGGCACUGAGGAAUGAUCGUUCAGCACACAGUGAUGUGUUGUAGCUGAAUAUCACUGCUAGAUUUAUCAUCACCUUGGACAAGAAUUCGGUGAAAUUUUAGUUGCUGUUGCAUUUCAAGAGAAGAGCUAUUUCACAAACAUUCCUGGAAAUCAUGUUUUUGCACACACGUCGAAGAAAAUGUUGCUGAAGCUGAAAUGUUGAGAAUGUUUGUUCUGGUUCUAGAACUUUUUAAAAGCUGUUUCAGGUGUAAAACUGAGAAAAAUGUGAACUUUGGUCAAAAUGUUGCUGGAUUUUAGAUAUGUGUCAAUUUUAAAUGUGUUCAUAACUCAAAGGGAAUUUACCAGGAACCGCUUUUCUUCAGUCAGCGUGAUUAUUUCUGUUCAUUUCUGAAGUGUUUAGGUCAAAUCUGUCCCGACUGAGCUUCGUCAUACUGCUGUUUGAUUUUAACAAAAUGUAGAAAUGUAUCAGUGUGCUCAUCAAAAUUUACUUGAAUUCAUAUCUUAAUCGUUCUAUGUAUUAUGUUCUCAAAAUUUUUGGAUAAUAAAGAGAUAUUUUUAUGCCUUAA